AUGUAUAACGUGGCACAUCACCAGUUAUCAAUUUACAGGUUCUGUAGUUCCAACGUUGCGGGAAAUGGUUCUCAUGACCGUAGCAGUUACUUGAAAUUUCUUAGUUCUUUAGGAAAAGGAAGGCAAUGGCAAGCAUGCAGAAACAACAUUCUUGAAUAUCCCCACGCUCCAGCUUUGCUCCACUUUUAUCUUUUCGGCACCAUAGGGAUACCGGCGCUGUCAUAG